AUGGUCUGGCUAACUUUGCAUAGGGUAGAUAUAAGCUGCGCACCCAAAGCGAUUUACACCUCAUGUCUUCCAUGGACUGGUACAGUACCCGACACUUCUCCAGAGAGUCUUGACUUUCUUGCUCCUGAUGUGCACCUCGCUAUUCCCCCCACACAGACAGCGGUGGGAUCAUUCGAUAGCCUAUGCGAUCAAAAUCGUGCUUGUGAGGAUUUUCUGCGGUUUUUCCGCUGUCUACAUGAGCUGGAGAAGGCUGCGUUAGGCUGCCCCGGUACUGUCUCCCGAAGCAGUCCAGCUUCUCGCGUCAGACGCUUCACCCCAGGAGCACCGCUGCAUUCCAUUCUGACUAUGCUUCCGGAUUAUGAUCACGGGAUCCGGGAUAUCCGAUUCAUCGAUGAAUACACCUGCAUGUCUUGUCUGUUCUUCCUGGCCGUCGCACUCUACGACUCCUAUCGCAACUCUACCAAUUUUGACCGCUACCUCGACUGGCUGGAUAUGGAAGUCCAAAGGCUCAGCCCCUCCACUAAGCCGAGCAUUACAUCUGUCCUCUGGAUCUUUCUCAACAACGGCGGCUACCCGCAAGGGGAAGCAGGCGACGCCGGCGAAAGAUGCUGGGUCGUGUCCCGCAUGGUACGCAUUGCCAAACGCCUCGAGUGGAAACGUCAGGGCACCAUUUGGGAUCGUCUCCGACAGGUCCUGAUCAACUUUAUCUUCGCCCAGCAGGAAUGCGCCCUGGGGUCGGAUAGCGUUGACGAAGAGGCGUUUAUCGCGCGGCAACAGAGGCGCCGUCAAUCAAACGAGUAUUUCUGGGACGAGGACGAAAUGCGCGUGGAACUUCUGGGAUCACAACCAUCGUCGGUCCUGACGCCGUAUCCUCAGCUGCAGACAACUACUGUGGCAUAG